UCCUGCUAACCUAAGAACUAAGUAUCAAUUUCUCCGUAAUUAAUCUUAAAAACUUCAAGUCAUUCGUGAUCUCGUAUUUGGGUGGAAAGUUUUUAAAACUUGCAUACGUCCGCGAAUUUAUUAAAAUGGAAGAGAUCGGCAUUACUUUGCCAGAUAAGGAUACGUGUGAAAUUGACUCUAAACCAGCCACUGGUCAUUGCUCUGGCGGUGCUGAAGAAUUGGACGUCGAAGAUCUUUAUACUAAAUAUAAGAAAUUGCAACGCAUGCUUGAAUUUUUGGAAGUUCAAGAAGAAUAUAUUAAAGAUGAACAGAGAAACUUGAAAAAAGAAUAUUUACAUGCUCAAGAGGAAGUAAAACGCAUACAGAGUGUGCCGUUGGUGAUCGGCCAAUUUUUAGAAGCGGUUGAUCAAAAUACUGGAAUCGUCGGCUCUACAACAGGCUCUAAUUAUUAUGUCCGCAUAUUGUCAACCAUUGACAGAGAAUUAUUGAAACCCUCGGCGAGUGUUGCUCUUCAUAAACAUAGCAAUGCACUCGUGGACGUUCUACCACCAGAGGCUGAUUCUAGUAUCUCCAUGCUUCAAGCUGAUGAAAAGCCAGAUAUACAAUACAGCGAUAUCGGAGGCAUGGAUAUGCAGAAGCAGGAGAUUAGAGAGGCUGUGGAGUUACCAUUAACUCAUUUUGAACUUUAUAAGCAAAUUGGUAUCGAUCCGCCAAGAGGUGUAUUAAUGUAUGGUCCACCAGGAUGUGGAAAGACUAUGCUUGCUAAAGCCGUUGCUAGACACACUACAGCCGCUUUCAUUCGAGUCGUUGGCUCAGAAUUUGUUCAAAAGUAUCUCGGCGAAGGUCCAAGAAUGGUACGAGAUGUCUUUCGUUUGGCUAAAGAAAAUUCUCCGGCUAUUAUUUUUGUUGACGAAAUUGAUGCAAUAGCAACUAAGCGUUUUGAUGCUCAAACAGGAGCCGAUCGUGAAGUACAACGUAUUCUACUGGAACUGCUAAAUCAAAUGGAUGGUUUUGAUCAGACAACUAAUGUCAAGGUUAUCAUGGCUACUAACAGAGCCGAUACUCUUGAUCCUGCUUUGCUGCGUCCAGGCAGAUUGGAUCGUAAAAUUGAAUUUCCACUUCCGGAUCGGAGACAAAAACGACUGAUCUUCUCAACCAUCACUACUAAGAUGAAUUUGAGCGAAGAAGUCGAUCUUGAAGAUUAUGUUGCUCGUCCAGAUAGAAUUUCUGGUGCAGAUAUUAAUGCUAUUUGCCAAGAAGCUGGAAUGCAUGCUGUGCGCGAGAAUCGCUACAUCGUGUUGGCCAAGGAUUUUGAAAAAAGCUACAAGAAUAACAUCAAAAAGGACGAAUCGGAACAUGAAUUUUACAAAUAAAUUAUUAAACUUUUAUUUGAGAAUUGCUUGUGCAAAGCUGAAACACUGCUUUUAUUUUAUCUAAAUGUGUUUAAAAUUUAUAAUAAAUAUAGAUUACAAGGA